AUGGACACCAGCUACCUGACGACGCAGGUCGCCGCCAUCACCAAGAACCUCCAUGGGUUGUUUGAUGAUAUUGGGUUGUCAUCGAAUGAGCGCCGCUCAAGAGAGACAGAGCUCUUCAAUGCGCUUUCAGAAGCUCUGCACAAUCAAGUCCGUUUGGUAAAUGCUGAAAGAGAUGAGAUGACCGAGGAAGCAAACCGCAUAAUCGGGGAUAUCCGCCAGAUGAAGCUUUCGAUGGGAGAAAAGAGCAAAAGCAGUAACGACGAUGAUGAUUUACGAGUCACAUACCCUCUAGUACAAUGCUUGAAAACCCUUAAGGAGAAAUACAACGGCAUCUGCAGGCUCCACCGCGAAAGAUCGGAGCAGGUCUUAAAACUUGUUACCGCUAUCGAAUCAUAUUCCUCGCAUCUUGAAUCUUCUUUUGUCAAAAUCAAUCUACCAACCAUUGCGGCCGAUCACUCUAUACCGCUCAGCACCGAUGUUUCUGCAAGUUAUAUCGAAGCUUUGGAUGAGGAGUUCUCACGAAUCUACCACGAGUACGUGCGCCGCUUGGAUGCCGUCCAAGGGAUUGCAGAGGACAUUGUCAAUCUCUGGGCAGAGCUUGGAACACCUCAAGCGCAGACAGAUUCUACCAUUGUCAAGUACUACCGCGAAACCCCCGAACAAUUGGGCUUGCUCGAGGACGAUGUUACGAAGUUGAAGGCGAAACGAGAUAAACUGAUUGAUGAGAAGCACGUAAGAGAGCAGCGGAUUGAGGAUCUCAAGGCUAACGUUGAAAGCCUCUGGGAUCGCCUGGGAGUGGAAGAGGUAGACCGCAAGCAGUUCCUUGCCACUCGUAGAGGCUGCGGUUUGCGGGUCAUCAAUGACUUUGAAGAUGAGCUGGCGCGUCUGAACGAAUUGAAGAGACAAAAUCUGCAUCUUUUUGUGGAGGAUGCUCGGUACAGGCUUCAGGAGCUCUGGGACAGCCUCUACUUUUCCGAAGAUGAAAUGAUUGAGUUUACCCCGGCUUUUACAGACGUAUACAGCGAUGCUCUACUUUCUGCUCACGAGACUGAGAUUGAGCGACUGGAAGCUCUGCGCGAGCAACGAAUGCCGCUGCUACAACUGAUUGAGAGACACAAAUCCUUAAUCAAAGACCGUGACGACCUCGCCUCGUCCAGUCAGGAUGCGUCUCGUUUGAUGGCUCGUGGGGUCAAAGGUGAACGAAGGGAUCCGACACGACUGCUUCGAGAGGAAAAGAUGAGAAAAAGAGUAGCAAAAGAGCUGCCAAAGAUUGAGACGGAGCUAACGAAAGUUCUCGAAUCCUGGGAGGGAGACUAUGGGCGUCCGUUCCUCGUCCUCGGCGAGAGAUACUUGGAUCAACUUGCAGUCUCUGCUGCAGCUCUCCCUCCUCGUUCAAAGACGCCUUCGACCCUUGGGAGAUCGUCUUCACGAGCUGCAGCUCCUACCGCAUCAGCCCUUCAUCGUAGCACAAUUGGCAGCAUUCGAGGCCCAACGCCUUCACGGUCUGGAGCCAAGACUCCGACCGGUACGAUUGGCCGCAAUCCUCUCUCUUCCUCCAUCUCGAGCUCCAUUUCAACCAUUGGCCGAUCUCCCACCAAGCUCCCUGCACGUGCCCCUCUAUCCAACAUUCAUGGCAACAAUUCUCCUGAGCGUCCACGGCGGCCCGCGUCUGCGCAAGAUCUUGGCCUAGUUUCUAAAACGAUUCACGCACCUCGUGCCCCGCCGCCGAGAAUGCGAGACCUCUUUGUUCCCCCGCCUGCCGCACCAACUCCUCUCAGUCGCUACGACCCCGCCAGUUCACGGAGCCAGAGUGUCGCGUCCUCCCACGACGAAGUAAGACAAGUGACUCCCGAAGAUCCUUACGACGACAAUAGUGGACGCAAUUCCCGCAUGCGCAUUGCUGCAAUGCGUCAGUCCGAUAGAUCCGCAAUGCCUCCUCCGCCGAGCCAUUAUCAGGAUUCUUACCGACCAUCCUCCCAUUACGAGCACAGUUCGUCUUCUUCUCAACGCUCCGGGUCAUAUGACGACCGCCAAUCCAACGGAAGCAGACAAAUCUCGAAUACGUCGACCGUAUCCACUGUAGUAUCCGGCUCAGAAAAUUGGGAAACAUACGACGAUGCUUCUGAACCGGAAGAAGACGCAAGCACAUCCUACUUUGCAAAGAUGCGAGCAGCUGCAGCAGUUAAUAAACGAGUCACUCCCGAAGGAGGCUAUUCGCCGCCGCCUCGCCCCGUGUCUGCCAUUCCGGGCAAAAAGAUGAGGAAUAUUGCGCAGGUAAUGCAUUCGGGUAAUGGCGUACGGGCCUCUGGCAGCGAAGCUGGAUGGACAGAUGAAGACGUAUUUUGAUUCUAAAGACCUGGCGUUUGGAAACAUCCAGGACGCGGUCAUCUUCCGGCCUUGUGCAGCACGAGCAUACGGUCGCCAUUCAUUCUACAACCAAUUUCCCUUUGAAUACCCCUUGGCUAGGCAAUGUUACCUGGCUUUUUUCUCUUCUCAAUUUUUUUUGAAGUCAAUGUCACAAUCUCCCGCGCGAGAAAAUUUCGGCUUUUGUAUUCACCUUUUCUUAUUCUCCGAAUAUCCUCUUUUCCAGCUUUUUGUUUCUUUGGUCUUAUGGCGUGUUUUCUUUUUGUUUUAACGACGAAUACGGAUUUCUUUAUGCUCUUUUCACUUUUGAAGUCUUCUUCCCCCCU